UACAUUUGUAACCAGAGGGGAGCCUGCCGCAGGGACUGCAAGGGGGUUACUCCUGAUCUCUGCGAGGUGAGGGGAAACCAGCCCCAGAGACUCCAGGUUCCUCCUGAUUUACACCGGGUGAGCGAGAGGAGAGCCAGCCCCAGGGACUCCAGUGGGUUCCUCCUGAUUUACACCGGGUGAGCGAGAGGAGAUCCAGCCCCAGGGACUCCAGUGGGUUCCUCCUGAUUUACACCAGGUGAGCGAGAGGAGAUCCAGCCCCAGGGACUCCAGUGGGUUCCUCCUGAUUUACACCGGGUGAGCGAGAGGAGAGCCAGCCCUAGGGACUCCAGUGGGUUCCUCCUGAUUUACACCGGGUGAGCGAGAGGAGAGCCAGCCCCAUGGACUCCAGUGGGUUCCUCCUGAUUUACACUGGGUGAGCGAGAGGAGAUCUAGCCCCAGGGACUCCAGUGGGUUCCUCCUGAUUUACACCGGGUGAGCGAGAGGAGAGCCAGCCCCAGGGACUCCAGUGGAUUACUCCUGAUUUACACCGGGUGAGCGAGAGGAGAGCCAGCCCCAGGGACUCCAGUGGAUUACUCCUGAUUUACACCGGGUGAGCGAGAGGAGAGCCAGCCCCAGGGACUCUAGUGGAUUACUCCUGAUUUACACCAGGUUCAUUGGCUGCUGAGGCCAGGAAGAGUCGCUCUGCCAGAUGCUGGGAGCCCGUCGUCCACACUCCAGCGCUGCCCUGCUCUCCACCGUCCUUCUCCUGCACAUUCAGGCUGCAGUGGCUGUGAGUUUCCAGGUGCUGGUUCCUGCCGGCCCCCUCUCCGCCCCACUGGGGGGCACUGUGCUGCUGUCCUGCCACCUCUCCCCCGCGCUCAGCGCCCAGGCCAUGCAGGUGAAAUGGAGCCGGCCCCAGCUAGGCCAGGAUGUCCACGUGUACCUUCCGGAUGGGAGCGAGGUGCAGGGUGAGAGGUACCGGGGCAGGACGGAGCUCCUGCGGGACAGGAUCCAGAGUGGCAGCCUGGCCCUGCGGAUCUGGAACCUCACCCUGCGGGAUGAAGGACGCUACCUCUGUGACUUCCAGUCCGACACCUACUUCAGCGAUGCCACGUUGGAGCUCCACCUGACAAGCUCUGGUUCGGAUCCUCUCCUCGACGUCAGUUUGUACAAGGACCAGGGGGUCUCGGUCACAUGUCUCUCUGCAGGGUGGUACCCGGAGCCCAAUGUGCUCUGGAGAAACAGCCAUCAAAAAAUCCUGACUCCAGAGUCCGAACAGAAACUGCAAAGUGACGACGGCAUAUUCAACGUCUCCAGCACCGUGGUGAUAACCGAGAGCUCGGAUCCAGCACUGACCUGCACCCUCAGCCCUGGCUCGCCCGGCCCAGAGAAAGUAUCGGCCAUUGUCAUCUCUGACACUUUCUUUCCCAGAGUUUCUUCCUGGCGGGUCCCUCUCUUUGUAAUCCUUGUAAUCCUGAUGAUCUGCGUUUGCUUCCUCAUCUUGGCUGCCCUCUGCCUAUGGAGGAUUCACAAAGAGAAAGGUGCCAUCUACACAGAGCUAAAGAAAAGCCAUGGCAGACCGAGUUGGAAAGAAGCAUUUCGCAAAGCCACGGACGUGACCCUGGACCCGAGAACAGCUCACCCCAGUCUGGAGCUGUCUGCAGAGAGGAAGAGCCUAAGGAACACAGGUCCGAGACAAUCACUGCCUGAUGGCCUGGGGAGAUUCGACGUUUACUCCUGCGUGCUGGGCUCUGAUGGCUACGAGUCGGGGACGCAUUACUGGGAUGUAGAGGUGGCCAGCACAGGGGGCUGGGCUCUGGGCGUCACCAGGGAAUCUGCCAGCAGGAAGGGAUGGUUCAAUUUCAGCCCCAGGCAAGGCACAUGGGCCAUCCAGCUCUCCAGGGGCCAGUACCGAGAAGUCACUGCAGAAUGGAGUCUGCUGGACCAGUCGCAGAGCCCUGGCAAGAUCAGAGUGUAUCUGGACUAUGAAGGAGGGGUUGUGUGCUUCUACGAUGCUGACACCAUGGCCCUCCUCCACACCUUCACUGCCUUCUUUACUGGGAAGAUCUACCCGUUCUUCUGGGUCUGGUCCGUAGGGACCUCCCUUAGACUGUGUCCCUGAGCCUUUUCCAGCCAGAUUGCUGCACACGCAAACCUGCCGACGCAACACACCAGCCACCACAAUGGAGGGGAGGGUGGAAGAGACGCAUGUGGUGUUGGUAUGGGCUGUAGCCGUGUUUUAUUAGUGACGACCCCUUGCUGUUUUCACACUAUGUGAAUGGGAAUAAACCUGUUCUUCAAAAAAGAAAAGUAAAUUCCAUCACACACAAAGGUAACAGCCACCUCUGACAAAGUGGAAAUGGUCUGUGAUAUUUUUAUGACAUUUAUAUGUGCCUCAGUUUCCCCUACAUGCUGCUUUGUUACUCAGUGGGGGGAAAAGGGCUGUUUGCUCUCAGAGCAGGUUAAGAGACAUAGGUGUAGGUGUCGCCCGGCUGUCUGGGCCUCAAUCCCCAUAUCAGUGGAGCAACUGGGAAUACCAUGGCAAAUCUAGUCACCAGGACCUUGGCACCUACCAUCCAAGGACCCAGAGGGAGAUGGAUUCCGUCUCCAAAGGGAGCAGAGCAACUGCUAGCUGGAGAACAGAGGACUGGAGAGUCAGGAGGAGCAGGUAUAAGAUUUGGCUGCUCACCUGAAGUCUGACCAAAGAGGUCAGAGGGGGAGACAGAUGGAGCUUGUCCAGGGAGGUUCACUACAGCUUGGCUGGGCUCUGGACUGACCAGAAAGGUCUGUACUUUAAUGUUCAGUUCUCUAUGCUAACCUAGGGACUUCCUAGGCUGUGUCCAGCUGACUAAUAAACCCGACUGUUUGGACAAUGCUA